AUGGCGUCACGUGCUAAAGCUAAACCACCAAAGAAGCGUCAACAACGCGCUACUUCGAAUAUCUUUGCGAUGUUUGAUCAAUCUCAAAUUCAAGAAUAUAAAGAGGCGUUCAAUAUAAUCGAUCACGAUCGAGAUGGUUUUAUCAGUGGUGACGACUUGAAGGACAUGUUUGCUUCAUUAGUUGUCAAUGAUAUGGAAAUCGACGCGAUGAUUCGCGAAGCACCAGGUGACAUCAAUUUCACCAUGUUUUUAACGUUAUUCGGAGAGAAACUUACAGGAACCGAUCCUGAGGAUGUAAUUAAAAAUGCAUUUAUGUCAUUGGAUGAAGACGGAUCGGGUAAAAUAUCAGACGAACGUUUACGGGAACUCUUGAUGACGAUUGGUGAUCGAUAUACGGAUGAAGAAGUUGACGAACUGUUCAAAGAAGCACCGAUUAAAAAUGGUUUAUUUGAUUAUCUCGAAUUUAAAUGCUUUCAUUUAUUCAAUCGAAGUUUCAUUCAGAAUAGUGAGAUUUUGUUACAAUAUUUUCUGGUCAUUGUGAAAAACAAGAUCUAA